UCCAGGAAGAGGAAGGUCUGUGCUGUUUACGUUUUCCCUCGCUUGAAAUGAGCAUGGCCGUUCGAUUAAAAAAUACGUUUUCUCAGAAAUCUAACUUUGGUAUACCGUCGUUGACAUCGUUAUAGUUCACAUUGUAUUUGAUUGUACUGUUCGUCUGAAUGACAAUACACCGUCGAAGAAGGCUCGUGGUAUGUUAACACAGACGGGGCGCGCGAAAAACGUGAGACCCAACAGCUCGAGGAACAUUGACGUUGCUCCUGCCAAAGGGUCUGAGAGCGUUUCUUUACUGCACUCAAAAAUGGAAGAGCAAAAAGAGAACAUUCUUGGACAGGACGAAAAUAAGAAGCCAGCCGACGACCCCGCAUAUGUCAAAGCUGCAUGCCCUGCCCAGAGCGGCAUCAUGGCACCUGUGACCACCGAGCCGGCUUCUCAAGGCGAGUUCAGCGACCCUGUGUACAAAGAGAUUGCUAUGGCCAAUGGACACAUCAACCGCAUGAGUCGGGAAGAGCUGCGCCUCAAGCUAUCCGAGCUGAAGCUGGACACAAGGGGUGUGAAAGACGUGCUGAAGAAGCGUCUGAAGAGCUACUACAAGAGGCAGAAGCUGACCGUGUCACCUGGCGAGGCGGAGAAGAGCCGCCAGUUCUAUGACUUCAUCUGCGUGGUGGACUUUGAGGCCACCUGCGAGGAGAGCAACCCUCAGGACUUUGAGCACGAGAUCAUAGAGUUCCCCAUCGUGCUCAUCGACACGCACAAAAUGGAGAUUGUUGACAGUUUCCAGGCGUACGUGCAGCCACAGUUAAACCCCAGGCUGUCAGAUUUCUGCAUACAGCUAACAGGAAUCACACAGAAAAUGGUAGACGAUGCAGAUCCCUUCCCCACUGUUAUAAGGCGAGUGGUGAACUGGAUGCAGGAGCGAGAGCUGGGAACAAAGCACAGAUACACACUACUGACAGAUGGGUCUUGGGACAUGAGCAAGUUCCUCAAUAUUCAGUGUCGACUCAGCGGCCUCAGAUAUCCACCUUUUGCCAGAAAAUGGAUCAAUAUCAGAAAAUCUUAUGGAAACUUUUAUAAGGUGCCGCGCGUGAACACCAAGCUGAGCAGCAUGCUGGAGAAGCUGGGUCUGCAAUACGAGGGCCGGCCCCACUGCGGCCUGGACGACUCGCGCAACAUCGCCCGCAUCGCCCUGCGCAUGCUCGCGGACGGCUGCCAGCUGCGCCCCAACGAACAGCUGUUCGAGGGACAGCUACUAGGCGUGACCGGCUCCACACCUUUGGAAGGAGCGCCGCCCCCAAACAACCCCAAGGGCAGACACCACUAGACUCGAUUUGUUUUGUAGUGCAUUCUGGGAUAGGAGGAAGUGGAGAGAUUCCGUGUGGUGUUAAUGGAGCUGCGACCAAUCACUCCUGAUUGGCCGAGAAGACUGUCCGUCGAGUCCUCAGAAAAUGCCCGCCCACCUCAGAGUCCUGUAGAUGCCCACAGUGGGUCUCAACCUUUUUUCAACAAACGCCCCCUUGGACUCAUCACAAGCCUCCCAACGCCCCCUUGACCUCAUCAUAGGUCUGCCAAACAUCCCCGUAGGAUUACAAAUUAAAAUAGACCAAUGCACAUCAAUGGCAAUUAAGCACUGCCCCUCUCAGCUGUAUCCUUCUCAACAUCCCCCUAGGGCUCUCCAAAUCCCCCUGGGGGACUGAACCGCCCCCGUUGAGAAACACUACCCUAUUAGAACUCCCCUUUACCACUGGGCCUAGUGCUGAUUGGUUGGAAACAGACGCCCAGAGAAUCCAUUCUCUGCCAUGAUUGUGAUGUCAUAAACAAACAUGGAAACGGUUGCAUUGGCUGUGUUUGUGACGGCACAAUGUGCACAGUUCGCAUGCGCACUUACCCAUUUCAAGGUAUUUUUCUGACCAGAAUGCAUUGUAAUUUUUUGUU